AUGAAACACUUAUCGGCGAGGCUGAUUACGAUCUUUUCCGCCCAUCUUACCUCACAUCCGAUAUCGAUGAAACGCCCGAGGGGUGACACGAGAUCACCAUCUUCCGUGGGUCUCAUUAUACAAAGCUCUCCUCUGACCUGUCCCUCCCCUCCCGAGACAAUCGCCAUGUCGCACUCAUUCGAGAACCUAUUCCCAGAACUUUAUCCCCUCAUUGCAUCUCAUAUCCCUCUGCAUGCGACCCCGCAGACCCUCCUUUCUCUUGCAAUUACCAAUCGUCACUUUUCAGAGUUCAUUCUGCCGCUUGUCCACCAAUGCCUGAUUCUGCGAGACGAGGACAGCAUCAUGAAAGCCCUUCACAAGAUAUCGGUGGACAGCGCGUUUGGGAUCAGAGUCCGGGAACUACACCUGAUUUGCAUGGGCAGCAUCAGCAAAAAGGACGACGCAUUCGACACCAUCAAAGAACUGGAGAAGGUUGUUGCCGCCGGCGCACUCCCCAAUCUCCAUACUUUAGGUCUCCGUAGCUGUGAAUAUGAAUCCAAUCCCGAUGACCAUCCAAAUUUCUGGGCAAUUGUCAACGAACACUGUCGUUGGCUACGCAGGAUUCGCUUGAUGGACGUUUACGGUGCUGAAUACCUUACUCCCAAAGAACGUGACUUCCAUUGGCUUCGGUCUUCUGGUGUUUUCCAAAUUCCUGAUGUUUCGACCCUUUCUUUCCGUGUAACCAACGUGAACCUUAAAGAUCAACAUUGCACCAGCUUUUUGUCAACUUUGACACUGUGGACGCAUUCAUUACAGACAUUGUCUUUGUCGCUCCUUGUGCACGAGGACGUAUCACUAUCUGCCUUCUACUGCCUUAAUUUCCCAUGUCUCAGGUCUCUCACUCUCGAUAUCUGGUCGGUGAAUCAACCUUCGGAAGCUAUGGACUUCUGGACGCGCCAUCCGAACCUGGAGUCCUUAACUCUAUGCUGUGCAGACGGAGUAAAAUGCUUCGUGGACUCCAUUCCUCGAGGUUUUUUGCCACAUCUACGGCAUCUAAAGGCCAGUUACGUCGACGUGAGAGCGCUUGCUCCAGUCUUGCCCCAGCUCACCAGUCUCGCCGUACACGAUGGCAUAAACUCGCAAGUUCCGUACCUCCUUCGUUCUGUCAUUCCUGGAGGACUACCAGGACUGAAAAGCCUCUACUUCGUCCGAGGCCCUUGGGAUAAGAACGCGGUUGCUGAAGGUACAUCGUGGUAUGAGACCUAUGAUGGUGCUUUCCACGAAAUUAAGAAGAAGAAGAAGAAGAGCGAUAAAUCAGACAGAAAUAUUCUUCGGGACUACAUGCUUUCAAUUGCCCGGGGAACCCCAAACAUAGAAGAGCUCGGGUUCCCGUAUGUGGAGAGUCUCUCUGGCUUGGUCGAGGUAUCAGAUGUUUUUUCUGAUCUUCGCCGAUUGAAGAGGAUCUACUAUGGAAUGCACUUCGAGGACGGCGAUGAUCCGAACGAAGCCACUAUCGCCCACGUACUCGCCCUCGCGAAAGAGUCCUUCAUCCCUUGCUUGGAGUCCGUGACAAAUCUCAACGAUGACAUCCCAUACCCCGUGGCAAGGAUCAUCAGAGAUGAGAAUGGCAAUCCCUGCGAUGUGGUUCUAGGUACUGGUGGAGGAAUGGAGGUUGGAAACGAGGACUCGGCCUUCCUUUUUUACUACCCAAACAACGUGACAUGUAGCAUAGACUAA